AUUGGCACAUGGGUUCUUUCAGGUGAUACCUCAAGGUGUCGUUCUGACACCCUGACAUUUGAGGAUGAAUCUGAGAAGGGAAGCAAUGCUCUACUUGCCAGGGCAUGGUCGCCUGGAUGGAGCAAUGCAGAUAAAGCUUUAACCAACUUUAUUAAUGGCCCAUUAAUAGAGUAUUCAAUAAACCGAAAAAAGGCGGACAGUGCUACCACAUCUCUUCUCUCUCCUCACUUACACUUUGGGGAAGUGAGUGUGCGCAAAGUUUUCCAUCUUGUUCGCAUCAAGCAAGUCUUCUGGGCAAAUGAAGGAAAUACAGCUGGUGAAGAGAGUAUCAACCUCUUUCUUAAGUCCAUAGGCCUUCGAGAAUACUCUCGAUAUUUAACCUUCAAUCACCGUAGCAGCCAUGAAAGGCCUCUUCUUGGGCACCUCAAGUUCUUCCCUUGGGUGGUCGAUGAGAGUUACUUUAAAGCUUGGAGGCAAGGUAGGACUGGUUAUCCUUUGGUUGAUGCGGGAAUGAGAGAGCUAUGGGCUACUGGUUGGCUUCAUGAUCGGAUACGUGUUGUGGUGGCAAGUUUUUUCGUGAAGGUCCUUCAACUUCCAUGGACGUGGGGUAUGAAGUACUUUUGGGACACACUAUUGGAUGCCGAUUUGGAAAGUGAUGCUCUGGGAUGGCAGUAUAUUUCAGGGACUCUUCCCGAUAGUCGAGAGUUUGAUCAUAUCGAUAACCCACAGAUUGAAGGUUAUAAAUUCGAUCCACAAGGAGAAUAUGUUCGUAGGUGGCUUCCUGAGCUUGCUCGCCUCCCCACCGAAUGGAUACAUCAUCCAUGGGAUGCCCCCCACUCUGUACUCCAAGCUGCCGGUGUUGAACUUGGGACAAAUUAUCCACUACCUAUUAUUGAAAUCUCAGCAGCUAAAGAAAGGUUACAAGAAGCUCUCUCAGAGAUGUGGCAAUUGGAAGCCAACUCUAGAGCAGCAAUGGAGAAUGGGACAGAAGAAGGAUUAGGAGACUCAUCAGAAUCCCCACCUCUUGAUUUUCCUCAAGAAGAAAUGGAAGUCGAUAACCAACCAGCUAGACCCACUGGUCAAAUUGGUGCAACGAGGAGAUUGGCUGACCAAAUGGUCCCGUCCAUGACUGUAUCAUCAUUUAGAGUUGAAGAAGAGGAAGAGCCAUCGAGUAAUACAGGUUCUUCAAGGGAUAACAGGCCAGAAGUGCCAUCAAAUGCAAGUUUUGGUAGUGAAGCGGAUCGAAGAGAUGAGGUGUUGAAUCUUGGGAAUAUGGGUGAAUUGGAAAGAGAAAGGAACGCAUCAGAGUUCAAUGUGAGUGUUUCAUUGCAAAAUGCUGUACAUUUUACGGCUGAAUCGUCAAGUAGUCUGAGAGAGAGAGAUGGUGGGGUGGUUCCCGUUUGGUCUCCAUCGACAUCUAGUCGGUCAGAGCAACUUAUUGGGGAAGAAAGUGGCCUUGGGAAUGGUGGAUCCUAUUUGCAGAGGCACGCACAGUCUCACCAGCUGAUGACUUGGAGACAAAUUUCUCGAACAAGGUCAAGAAACUGGGAGGUAGACAAUGCUGUACAGCCUAAUGCCAUUGGCUAGAGCUCAGAUUGACAAGGAACCAUGCAAAUCAUUUUACCUCCAUUGGCCUCAUUUGCAGGUGGUAGAGAAAGAAGUUCUCAGAAUGACUAAAUUCUUAAGAGAGUCCCUCUUGAGAGAUUGCUUCUUCAAAGUAAUCCACUAUAACCUUCUUUUUGUGCGUAUAUAUAUAUAUAUAUAUAUAUGUAUCAUCUGUAUAGUGAUGCUCAUUAAAGUAUAUUGUUACCAUGGAAAUCCCAGUUAUGGUAACGAUAUGAUGUAUGCUCUCUGUUACAGGAAGCCAUAAUCAGUCUGUUAUUGCACUAGGCAAUCCUUUUUAGUUCUUCAUGUUGUGUUCUAAAUAUUUAAUUCUGUAAAGUAAGAGGUAACCUGGUUACUUAUAUCAGAAGUUGGGAGAGCUCAAUUAUCAUAAUUAAAAAGAGAUUCACAUUUUAAAAAUUA